GAUUAUGUACUUCCUUGUUUCUAGGAUAUACCGGCAUAUAUGGAAGGAUGCAGAUUUCUCCCCAAGCUUAACAAUGAAUAUGCUAACAAGAGGAACUCGACUUAUAAGGAAAGGCUAAGUAGCUUACAGAACAUGGUCCUAAUCAUGUUUGAGCAUGACACAGUAUUGAUUCCUCGAGAAACAUCAUGGUUCGGUUAUUAUGCUGACGGCACCUUCAGCCCAGUUCUCCCAACGCAACAGACUGCUCUGUACAUGGAGGACUGGAUAGGCUUGAAAACCUUGGAUGAUGCUGGACGAGUUAAGUAUCUGAGUGUGCCAGGAAAGCAUCUAGGUAUCUCACGAGAUGACAUGAAAAAGCAUGUUGCCCCCUAUUUGGUGGAUAAAUUACCAGCAAAUAUCGAUGAACCGGUAUCUAAUUCACGAGGUUUUUCAUCAGCAUGGGACGUUGGGGCAAAUAAAGUAGAACAAACUGAUGACGUACCUUUACUUUCACCCUUCAGGAUUGAGUUGAAUGAGUGAGCAAAAAUACCAUUAUACAGUUUUAUCCUAUUUAUUUGUAAUAUUGAAAACUACUGCAUUUGUGAUGCUUCUGAAGUACUACACAAACUAUUUAGGCUGAUCUGUUUCCUCUGGAAAAUUUUAUUAUCAUAUGUAAAGGAAAUUCAUGGGAACAAAGGAUUCUACAUAUUCAUUGCAAGUUCUAAUGUAAUGCCAGUUUUUUGUGCC